AUGUGGAAUGUGGAUCUGAUUGAUCACGUGUUUAGUCCAGCAACUGCAGCCUGCAUCCUUGUUGGUUCGUUGCCAAUUCAUGGCUGUUGCGAUCUCCUCUUCUGGCCUGAGACACAGGAUGGAUGGUAUACUUCAAAAUCGGGUUACGAAUUCAUUAGGCGGUUGCAUGCUCAAGAGGAAGCUUCAUCAUCCUCUGCUCCUGUCAUUCCAGCAGCGUUUUGGCGGCUUAUUUGGCGCUCUUCAGCUAUCCCUCAGUGUCGGGAGCUGGUUUGGCAAGCAUGUUCUAGUUUUCUUCCAGUUCGGGGUGGCCUUCGCAUGAGGGGUAUUGAUGUCGACCCAGCUUGUCCAUGGUGCAGAGUUGACAAUGAGACGAUCAGCCAUGUUCUCCUCCUAUGUCCGAUGAUCGAGCACCUCUGGUUCGCAGCUAUGGGGCUCCGGGUGGCUAGAACAGGUGAGUUUCACGAGUUGCUCUCACAGAUUGUCCACGGCUUGGAAGCUGAUGUGGUGGCCAGGAUUUUCACGUUGUUGUAUGCCAUAUGGGAAGCUAGAAAUGCUUGGGUGUUUGAGAAUAGGGAGCUGCAAGUGGCUCAUGUUAUCCAGCGGAUGGAUGCUCUCCGUGCUUUUCCCUGA